AUGGCGCUCACAAAAGAUGUGAAAAUGCCAUCUGACGCGGAACUUACGGUCCCGCAGGAGAUCAACAUUUCCACUCCUUGGUUUAAGGCUGUGGCACCGUAUAUGGCCAAGCAUUGCGAACAGGAAAUCAAUGAGUUCAUGCUUCGACGCAAAGAACUCGAAGACCCUCGUGCAACUCUCAAAGAAGGUGCCGCUGUGACCGCAUGUGGUAUAAAAUUUCUGCAAGCUCUAAAAAAGACAUGUAUGCAGGAAACAGAGAAGCUGGCUAACUGCAUCGAUCAGGGCAGCGCCAAGUUGUACAUGAGCAAGUGCCACGAUGAUCAAAAAGUUCUCGACGCAUGCGUUGAAGAGAAACUUCAUCUGACUCGUCCAAAAAUGGGUUAUUUCAGCAAACUUCAUGUUCAUGAAAGCGUCCAUCCACCUCCAGAGGUGAAAAUGCGCGAUUACAAGGCUGAAGCGGCGAAAGUCCUGGCUGAACUGCCAGAUGACUAUCAUCUACGAAAAGAUUACAGAAAGUACAACGAUUGGAGAUACAACAUUGUGGAAAGCUAA